AUGACUUAUCUAUUGCUUCUCUUGUGGGCAGUGCUUGUUACGAGCAUCGAGCAGCAGUCUUACGACCCUUCCGGUUGCUCCUCGAGCACGGUCAAUCCUUGGUCGAGGUACACCUGCAACAAUGGCUCCCAGAUUCCUUGCCAAGCAUUCUUGGUGUACCGAGCAAACUACCGCUUCCGGACGAUCUUGAACAUUUCAGGUUUGUUCGGGGCAGAAACUGAUCGAGUACUUAAAUUGAACAAUCUAAGAUCUGAUUCAGAGACUCUUGAAUUGGACAUGGAGGUAAUCGUCCCAAUCCACUGCUCGUGCUCGGGUGAGUUCUAUCACGCAACUGUGAUGUAUGUUGUCCAUGAGCCCGUGCCAUUCUCGGAGAUUGCAUGCGGAGUUUUUGAAGGUCUAGUGAAAUCAUCGGUGAUAGUCGAGGAGAACGUGUCCCAGAAAAACUCCUCACAUGUCGGAUCUGAGCUUCGUGUGCCAGUAAAAUGUGCUUGUCCUGGAAAUGAUUCUUUGAUCAGCAGCGGAAUAAACUACUUCCUCACAUACCCUUUUAAAUCAGGGGAUGAGAUGGAUAAAUUGGCAAUGAAAUUCGGGGUGCCGCUUACCGAUGUUUGGAGAGCAAACCAUUUAAAUUAUCAAUCGACUGUUUUCCCUAACACGACUGCUUUAGUCCCUCUGAAGGAAGAACCUGUCAUAGCUACUAGCUCAUUCGAUCCUUCACCUCCAGUUCCAGGUUUUGUUCCAACAGCUGCCGUGGAGAAGUCCACAGACAGAGCAAACAUAACGAAAUUGUAUAUUGCAGGAUCAGUGGCUGGAAUUCUGCUCAUAAUUUUUGGGGUGAUAUCAUGCGGAUUGUACGUCAAGGCGUUGAAUCAGCUGAAAGCCAGGAAAUAUCAGUCUUCUAGUUACGGAAUAAACUCGGGGGUCUCAUACUUAUCUCCCCAAACCAGCACUCCUAAUUCAUGCCUAUCACCCGAUCUUCUUGUCGGGAUCAAAUAUUCCCCAUACAAAUACAGCAUACAGGACCUGAAAAGAGCGACCUGCGACUUCAGCGAAGACUCCAAGAUUGGCUGCUGUAGAUGGCUCUACAGGGGCUGCAUCGACAACACUGAGGUGAUGAUCCGGCAACUGACAUUGGAGGAGGCCCGCUGGGUCAUCGAUGCAUACGCAAGAAUCAACCACAUCAAUAUCUUGAACCUACUUGGGAUUUGCUAUGGCGAAAGGGGCAAAACCAGUGACUCCCAGUCAUUCCUUGUUUUCGAGUCUCCUGGAAAUGGUUGCUUGAGAGACUGCCUGACUCGUCCCCAGACUUCUCUCCACUGGGACAUGCGGAAGCAUAUUGCCUUCGAUAUUGCGACGGGGCUUCAUUAUCUACAUCACUGCAUAACCCCUCCAUAUGCUAAUGUUACCAUAAGCAGUGACAAUGUUUUUAUCACUGCAGAUUGGAGGGCGAAACUUGGGAUUAUUGGAGGCAAUGAUACUGAUUGUUCGCUAAGUUGGACCAGUAAACGAAGCGAAAAGGCCGGGAUUUAUGCAUUUGGGCUUGUACUGCUCGAGCUGAUUUUAGGGAAGGCCAUGAACGACGAUUAUACAAUCAAUGGGAAGAAACUUAGGGAUUCACUUGAGUUUCUAGGAGGUGGAGCGAGCAGUAACGAUGUCUACGAGGGAGGCUGUUUUGAGCAACUGAGGGGGUUUAUCGACCCGAGCCUGAAGGACGGUUGCCCAAUUACGGAGGCCCUGUGCUUCGUGGUCUUGGCCAAGGCUUGCGUGGAGGAUGACCCUCCCCACAGGCCUUCCAUGAAUGAUAUCAUUAAAGUCCUUGCAAGAAUGGUCUAA